AGGAGGUCAGCACAGCUUUCCUGUUCUGCUCGAUACUAGUGAGAGAUACUGAGGUUCUGCCGAGCCUGGUGCUGGGCAUGGAGUUGGUCCACAAGCUGGCAUGUGUUCUCCUUGGCUGCUGGCUAGCUUUAGCUCAAGCACAGGAGCCUACUUGCACCCAAACACUCGACUCUGUGAGUCCGAGAAUACAGCGACUGACUUGUCACGGGCCGUAUUUCAACUUCUCCAAACUUCAUUAUGACACGGCGACGGAAACGCUAUUCGCCGGCGGAACUAAUUUACUGAUGUCACUGGACAAACAGGCUAACAUCAAUGAACAGGUGUCACUGGCAGAUUCCGAUCGACGUGAUCGCUGUUUAGCAGAAUGUGAUCGCUGUGUUCAGACUGCCACUCCUGGCUCUGAAACGGCAUCUUUCUGCUCUGCACCUUCGGGUGUGACGGUGUGCCUGCCAUGGCUGCGGCCUGUGUGUGAGAACUGGGUGUCUUUGAUUCAACCGGUUGCAGACUCCAAUGGUAAAAACUAUCUGGUGACCUGUGGCACAGUGUCAACAUUCGCCAACGUUUCCAACUGUCAGAUAAGAUCGAUGUCCAACAUAAGUGUUGUGUAUGAUAGCUUCCAAGCAACUCUGGGACAGUCCUCCUCUGUGCCAAGGACAUUUUUGUCUAUCGGAACGGACACAGUGCCAGGUGUGAGUACGGCAGGUCGUUUAGCAGCCCAGUACUAUACCGCUGGACAUAAAUCUGGCAAUGGCCGCUUCGUCUUCUUGAGAGGCAGAUCCUUUUUCGACAGCUUUGACUAUGUACAUUUGGACACAUUUCAGCGGAAGAAUAGUGCGCUAAUGUCCCCGCCUCUGCCCGACUUCAGCUUCACUUGGACGGUCUCCUUGUUCAAGGCGUCCACAAAUCCAAACUCAGACACCAACCGGGGUCAUUUCACGCGCUAUGUCCUGCAGUAUGUGUAUAAAGGAUUUGUCUACGUGUGGUCUUCAAGCGUCGGACCUUCGGACAAUGGUCAGUUAGAUCAUGGUGCAGUUAUAUUCCGAUAUUGCCAGAAUGACGCCCAGAACGCUACCUACCUGAGUAGUUUACGGCGUAUUCGAGUGGCCUGUUCAGGCCUGUCCAGCCUCCGUAACUUCAAUGCUAGGGGUAUUGGUUCCCCGGCAAGCCGCUGGGAGAUGCGACAGAUCACUUCAGCCAUCGAAGUGAGUGACCCCGGCAGUGCGACCCGGCAGUAUGUUGUUGCGUCGUUCACCACUCUGGAGGGUCUGCCUUUGGGGUCGUCUAUCUGUGCGUAUUCCAAGCAGUCCGUCAGUGCUGCAUUCAACGAUAAUCCUGGACGUAACUAUGCCGAGACACAACGAUGUAGUAAUUCCUACUCACACGCAUACCCUCCAGGUUGUUCAAGUCCAUUAUCUGACGCGUUCGUCACGAACUAUUCGAAUACAGAUUUUACCAUCCAACCAGACUCCCUCUUCACGCCAACAGCGAGCAAGGCUGUCAAUCCACUCUGGACCAGGCAGGGUGUAGCAAUCAACCAUAUAACGUUUGGGCAGUACAAGGAUGCUAAUUACAUCUUCGCUGCUACUGAUGAUGGCCGUGUGUUCCGUUUGGCCUCACUGGAUGCUAUAUUCUACAGUGGCAACGCAGGACUGACAUUUUCACUUAUCAAUGAGCUGCGUGUUGGCCAGAACGACGGAGACGCAGAAGUGGUGGUCAACGACAUUACGUUCAUGCCCAGCAAGCCCCACAGUGCAGCACCACCGAAUGUUGCUAUUACCACCCGCCGCUCCGUGACCAUUAUACCAGCUACGGAUUGUGAACAGUACUCCGACAACUGCAGCACUUGCAUAGCUCUGGAUGGUGGGACCGGCUUCUCCACAACUAUAGAUCCAAAUUGUGUUUGGUGUGCGGAUACGAGAUCUUGCGGCGUACGCGACUUCACUUGUCCUGGCGGACAGUACCCCUCCAGGUUCCGCGCAAGUGCACGAAGAUGCGACGGCCAACCUAACCCGUUGAACUUUUCAGGGUCUAUUGUGCAGUCGCCCAUAGACACAACUGGAAUUUUUAAUAAUACAAUAUCCUUCUCAUGCCAAGCAAAUGCAAACGCGCCGAUCACGUUCUCCUGGAUGAGACUGGUUGGCUUGGAGAUGGUUGCCGUGCCAACGUCUCGCAGCACGGUGACGAGCGUUGCGCUGGGGGACGAGCUGACCGAGACCAGCACCCUGACGUUGUCCGGUGUGACAGCAGCCGAUGGUGGACAGUACGUGUGUUUGGCCAGGAACACUGGAUCCUUGCCAGUCCAAUCUGAACCAGCUACAUUGUUCAUUCGUCCAUACAUUCAAUCUGGUCCUGUUAACAAGCUGGUGUUCCUUACACAGGCAGUGACGUUGCGUUGUGGUGGUGAUGGAUACCCGACACCAUCGUUCCAGUGGUUCCACGCCGGCACCAACAUAGCCAUGUAUGCCAGUCUGUAUCCGAACAUUCACUUUGUGGGAGCGUCCGGUCGUGACAUCAUCAUCCAGCCCACUACCCUGCAGGUGGCUGGUUUGUACGUGUGCCGGGUGGUGAGCAUACAUGGCAUGGCGCAGACGGAAGCCGCUCAGCUUACCGUGAUCGAUGCUGUUCCAGCAAACAGUUCCGUUCACACUCCUCUGGUUGGCAGCACUCUAGUCCUGUCCUGCCCAGACAACAAUAGUCCCUUUGAAUGGUACGUGGACGGCAGGCUAAUUGCAGGUGCUACAACGGCGCGCCUUACACUGGGUAACAUUCAGGCUUCUUCCAGCGGACGUUACCUCUGCCAGCGAGCUUUCCAGUUCUUCGUCUUCGCAUCGUCGCCGGCUCGGAUCUCUCGAGCGCCCGGCAACGUCACAGUUGCGGCGGGAACGCCUGUGACGCUGCACUGCAAUGCCGAGGACGGUAUCUACCCGCCAGUGAGCAUCAUGUGGAUGUAUCAGUCAGUGAACAGGCUGGGGCAGGCCACCAGCAAGUUUACCCCUCUGUCGCAGGUCAAUCUCUCUGACAGCAUGAUGUUUGGAAAUGGUCAAGUGCUGCGACUGGACUCAGCUGAAGUUAGCGAUACAGGCUUGUUCACUUGCCAUGCAACCAACACUCUCGGCAAUGUCACGGCAACUGCAAAGGUCACCGUCCACGCUCCUCUCGGCACUCCUGAAUGUCCCACGUCAGCUCAGUUUCAGACUGGAGCAAAAGCGUCACCGAUUGCCAGCACAUGUACUGUUACGGGACCAAGCGGAACAGUAGUGCAGAUCCUACAAAGCUCUACUCUAGUGCGGAGUGAUGGCCGUAUUGUUAUCACUAACGAGCACAACAUCACAACCGAUAUGUAUACUGCAACACUGUCAAUCUCAGCACCAGCUGUCAGUGAUCAUGCGUUAUACGCGUGCAAGGCUAGUUUCGAUGGCGAGUCAACGCGAUGUGAGUUCUUCCUUUCUUUGAAUAACACCGGCAUUGAUCAGGAACCACCGUCUACACCAUCGCCCAUGACAGGCGGUUAAUCGCUCCCUGCCAUG